AGGGUCACAUCGCCCGAGUGCUGCUGGUGCCGCUACUACUGCUUGUUGCAGCAAUCACGCUCGCGACGGCCUCACCACAACACGAAGGGCUGUUGACGACGGAUGGCAAUGGCUGCAAAUGCUUCCCAGGCGAUGCGUGCUGGCCGCGAGACUCAGACUGGAGCCGUCUCAACAAUACAGUGGAAGGCCGACUUGUCGCAACGACGCCGCUGGGCUCGCCAUGCCACGAUCCUCACUACGAUGAGGUCGAAUGUGCCGUCCUGAAGAACGCAUGGCUCUAUUCGGCAGUACAGUGAGAGGCUUUCUCCCCACAAUAAGAUGUAUUGUUCAUCGUCAGGGACUGACACCCAAGCUUUCCACCAGCAUGGAAUCUUCGUCCUCCGUCAUGGCACCGCUAUUCGCCAACCAGAGCUGCGACCCCUUCCAGCCGCGGUCCUCUCCUUGCACGCUGGGCAACUACGUGCGCUAUGCCGUCGAUGCGCGCACGCCGCAACACGUUGCUGAGACGCUGGCCUUUGCCGCCCGCCAUCGCAUCCGCCUCGUCGUGCGCAACACGGGCCACGACUACAACGGCCGCUCGACCGGCGCGGGAGCCCUAGCCGUCUGGACGCAUCACAUGAAGGACCGCGCCGUCAUCGACUGGGCAGACGAGCACUACGUCGGCAAGGCGCUGCGCGUCGGAGCCGGCGUCCAGGGUUUCGAGGCGCUCACCGAGGCGCACAGCAAAGGGCUUGUGGUUGUGACGGGCGAGUGUCCCACCGUCGGGCUGGCCGGAGGGUAUACGCAGGGAGGUGGGCAUUCCGCGCUCAGCACCGUCCAUGGUCUUGCCGCGGAUAAUGUUCUUUCGUUUGAGGUUGUGACAGCGUCGGGGGAGCACGUUGUGGCUUCGAGGGCCGAGCACUCGGACCUAUACUGGGCAUUGAGCGGCGGGGGAGGCGGCAACUAUGGCGUCGUGGUAUCCAUGACGGUUCGCACACACCCUGAUGCUAAAGUCAGUGGCGCUAGCUUCGCCAUCACGACUACGGACAACACGUCGAGCCUCUACGACGCCGUCGAUGUGUUUCACGAGGCACUUCCUGGCAUGGUGGACGCGGGGGCCAUGGUCAUCUACUACUUUGGCCAAGGCUUCCUGCAAAUGCCCGCUUUGACCUUCUUCAACAAGAGCACCGACGAAACCGAAAAGAUCCUCAGGCCAUUCAUCGACGCCGUCUCCGCGAAAGGCUUCACCGUGAAGCCCAACUACACCGAGUUCGGGAGCUACUUCGACCACUAUAGCCACUACUGGGGUCCCCUACCCGCAGGAAACAUCCAAGUCGGCACCCAGCUGUUUGGCGGGCGUCUGAUACCGCGACACGACCUAACCCGCUUCUCCCCCACCGCCCGCGACCUGGUAUCCAUGGGCGUCACUUUCAUCGGCGUCGGGCUGGACGUGUCGCGCUUCGGCAGGGACAAGGUCGCAGCGGUUCUCCCGCAAUGGCGCCAGACCCUGGUCCACGCGUCGCUGACUCUCCCGUGGAGCUUCGAGCGCCCCUUUGCGGACAUGGUCGCGGAGCAGGACCGCAUGACGCGCGAGGUGCAACCCGUCAUCGAGGCGGCGACGCCCGGUGCGGGAGCGUACAUGAACGAGGCUGACUUUCAGCAGCCCGACUUUCAAGAGACCUUCUUCGGUGCCAACUACGAUGGGCUGCUGCGGAUAAAGAAGAAGUACGACCCGCAUGGCCUGUUCUAUGCGACGGUGGGCGUGGGCAGCGAGGAGUGGACGGUGAAGAAGGAUGGGCGUCUGUGCCGCGCUCACUAACACUUUCACAGGUACACUGCGCAAUGGGAUUGACUGAUGCGCGUGUUUCCUAAACGUACAGCGCUAUAGAUGAGAAAAACUAUCUUCAUAAUACACUUGUGCCACACGAGACGAGACCAUCGAUCCCGAG